AGUUCAGAAAAACCAACACAGGUCCUUGAACAAGAAACCAUACCACCAUCCGAGAGGUACAUGCCAGAGACUCCUGCCCUUUGGAUGCAUUUGGGUGAUUGUGCAGAGCUGACAGCAUGAAGGUCCUCCUACUGCUAGCAGCUGUGAUCAUGGCCUUUGGUUCGGUACAGGUCCAGGGGAGCAUUCUGGAAUUUGGGAAAAUGAUUCAGCUUAAGACAGGAAAGAAAGCUAGCACUAGCUAUGGCUUCUAUGGUUGCCACUGUGGCGUGGGUGGCAAAGGAACCCCCAAGGAUGCCACAGAUAGGUGCUGUGUUACUCAUGACUGUUGCUACUACCGUCUGGAGAAACGCAGAUGUGGAACAAAAUUCCUGACCUACAAGUUCUCCUACCGACGGGGCCAAAUCACCUGUUCUGCAAACCAGAACUCCUGUCAGAAACAGCUGUGCCAGUGCGAUAAGGCCGCAGCCGAAUGUUUUGCCCGGAACAAGAAAAGCUACAGUUUAAAGUACCAGUUCUUCCCCAACAAGUUUUGCAGAGGGAAGACACCCCGUUGUUGAAAAAGCCAUCUUCUGAAACACCGGGGACACGUGCGUCUCCUCUAACACCUCUCCCAGCCCAACCAAGUUCUCCAGUGAUAAAGAAAACUCUCCCCUCCCAUCCUAGAGGCUGGGGAGGACCCUUCUGUCUUCACCCAGAGUGAGACACCAAAGCCUGCUGUGUCAGACUGAUCUUUCCCCACCACUCUGCUGCCUUGAAUCUGCCCCACUUCCACCUUUCCCUUAGCAUCCAACUUCCUGCUUCAUAGUACCUAAGAGAGACCUGGGAGGCUCUCACAAGUAAAGCAACUCAUCAAACAAC